UGCCUGCUGCUGCCCGCCGUUUUGGGUGAGGACUGUGAGGCUUAUAUUGAUAAAUAUGGCGAGGUGCAACCUGCAAAAUCCUGUCCCAACUUCUGCUGUGGAGAUUGCACCCAUAAAUACUGCUGCUCUGAUGCCCUGUUGAAAUUCGAUGAGGAACAACAGCUUAAGUGCUCUCCGCUUGAUGGAAGCAUCUCUGACUCGAGCCAGGCGAAUUUCCUGCAUUUCCGUGCAGACUUUGAUGAUGACUUCUUCGACAGCGGCCCCAGUUUUGGAACCCUUAUUGGGAUUGGGAUUGCCCUCUUUGCUGUGGUUGUGAUCACUAUUAUCUUGUGCCUCACCUGCUCCUGUUGCUGUUUGUACAAAGCAUGUCGAAGACCAAGGCCUGUUGUGACGGCCACCACGGCCACCACGGUGGUGCACGCUCCGUAUCCGCAGCAAGCAGCGGUGCCGGCGAGCUACCCCGCAGCGCCCUACCAAGGCUACCAGCCCGUGGCCAUCCAGCCGCAGCCCGGCAUGCCGGCCGCGCCGUAUCCCACGCAGUAUCCGCCCCCGUACCCCACGCAGCCCUCCGGACCCCCCGCUUACCAUGAAACCAUGGCAGGUGGUGCAGGAGCACCUUACCCCGUCAGCCAGCCCCCAUACAAUCCUGCUUAUGUGGAUCCUCAGAAGCCCAUCUAUUGAACAGAUCUGCUACAAUGCUUCUGCAUACAAAACUUUUUAAAAAUACAAUUUGUGCUGUUUACACCACGUAGUAUAUUUUCCUGGAAGACAACUAUUUUGUUAAAGUGAAAGUUAUUUCAGUAUCUUUUUAUUUCUUGCAGAAAUAAUUUACUUAUACCUCAAGCAAAUACAAAAAGAGAUUUUGUUCAAACUACAGUGAGAAAAGUAUGAGGGAGUAUUUCAAAUUUCUAACAUUUGCUGUAGAAUAAUUUUGAAGUGAAUUUUGAAGAGAUUGAAAGGAAUGACCUAGCAUGAGCAUUUCCACACACCCWGAGCUGUAGCAAUAUUUUGCACAGUGCUAAAAUGUAAGAACUUAAUCUCUUUGAAACUCAAUGAUAAUGUUAUGCCUGUUUUGAAGUUACUGUCACUAUGUAGGCUGCAUUGUAAGACACUUCAUUUAUGGUUUAAAAGGGAAUUUUUCGUUUUUGAAACAUAUUUGCAUUCUGUAAGGAAUAGUAAACUAUGUUUAAUUGUCUUUGUGCUAGCURCAUUUUUUUAUGCUAAAUAGCAUGGGUUGAUUAUUUCCUUGUUUUCUUUUCCUAUUUUAAGGUUUAAAAGCUGUAACUUCAUUGUUACAGCUUCUCAAGCUAUUUUAAUUCAUAGAAAAACAGUUAAAAAGAAACAAACCCUCUGCCAUYCACUACAACAACUAGAUUAGAAGUUGAAACCCUGAGAAUUCCGCACAAAAUUAAUGGAUAAGUCCUUGGUUUGUGUAAUAGUUGUGUAUUACAGAGUAGUUUGAAAAAACAAWUCACCACCUUAAUCGUGCGUGUGGAGUGGAAGUGAGUGCCAGUAUUCAGUCCUGGAUCAUCACAGGGGAAGUGACUUUAUAGGAGAUAUGCAAAAUCACAAAUAGGUUUUUUUUUAAUUUUUAGCAUUUGUUACUGUGUAUAGCAGGAACCUUGUAGGGAUCUUUAUAAACUAAGCCUGUGCUUGAGAAAUAAUAUUGGAGGGGAAUAAGAAGUACUGACCUGAUAUGCAGCAGAGACCAAAGCUCCCUUCUGUCUUCAACAUUCCCRUUACCCUGAAAAGAGAACAAGAAGUCAGGUUAGAGGGGUGGAAGGGUUUGGUCACAGAGACACAAUGCAUUUCCAGCAUCAUGCUUACAGUCAUGAAAACAUCUUAAAGCAAUUUUGUGACUAUUACCAAUAUUUGCAAGGCUCUUGGCUUCUGUACAACUUGGUAAUUAUCAAGCAACUCAUGUCUUUUUUUAGUAUAUUCUAAAAUUUUGUCUAAUAUUGAAAUACAAUUUGUUAUUCUCCAGAAGAGCUCUCUGUUGACCAUUGUAUCAAUCACUGUGACAUAAUUUGUGGAAUGAUUUUGACACAUCUCAUAUACAGAUAUUACUUGCUGAGAGGCUGUCCUAGGAUUCUACAUUUGGCCUCUAUUACUGCUUAAAAAUCAAUGAUCUGGAAACUGGUAGAAUUGUUUUAUCUCAUACACCUAUGCAGAAUGUUGGAUGGAAACUGCUGCUAUCCAAGGCAGACUUAUUUAUUUCUCUUUCCAAUUGAGUUCUUUUCUAAGUUAUUCCAGUUCUUGAUUAAGAAAAUCUUAGGGCAUUUCAGAAAAAAAAAAAAAGUAUCAUUUUUUAGCAUAGUUGGUUAGCAUAGUUAGCAUUGUGAUUCAUGAUAACCUAUGCACCUCUUUUAUGUCUCUCUGGGCACAGAGUUUAAGUUGACAGCAUGAAACAGUGCCAGGAGACAUUCACAAAGCAAGAAUGCAGUGUCUCUUCUUUUGAUCUUUYUCUUCCCUGUCUUGCAGAUCAGGUAUUGGGUGCUGCUUCAUUACACAGCUAGGAGUUGCAAGGCAACAACCAAAAAUGGCCAGUGUCAGUUGCUGAAGCAUUUUCCUAGAAAUCCUGAGUAUUUGUGUUGGAGGUCACUAAAGCAGUGCAAAAGUCAUCCUUUAUGUAGAUCCUACCUCUGUGUGUUCGCAGAAGGAAGCAAAGAGCUUUGCUCACCUGUGCCCAGGAUGAAUCYGGCCAGUGAGCAGAGGUGCAGGCAGCUCUGGGGCACAGGUACGAUUUCCAGUAGCUCCGUUUAUGAAGUUACUCUGUGGCUCUGUUUCUUUCCAGCAUCUCAGGUGACAAACCAGGCAGCUCGUGGUGGUGUCAGUAGGUUUGUAAUUUGGAUAUUAAAGGAAGGUCUGCAACUUYGGAAGUUGGCUCUGUCAUCUGCCAUCUGUCAUCCCUAAGUAAAAAGCAUGUUACUGUAAGGAGUUGGGGAGUAGUGGYAGCAACGACAACAGAAGCCCCAAAGCGGAAUUUUUAGGGUAGAUAUAGAAGAGACCAGAUAGUACAGAGAUGUUCAGGGUGAUCCAGGAGAAGUGGGAGGAGAUGGGGUGUCCUGAAAGAGAGGUGGGGUUAAGGAGCCUGUCCAUUUAUACCUUAUCUUCAAUGAGUAUAUGAUAACGAUAGCGAUAGUCAAGAGUUGAAUCAUUAAUACACAAAGAAUGUAUUAACUACUUCAGUUACAAAAGYAGUUGAAAGAAAAUAGUCCAUUUUCCUCAUUUCUUAAUUGGAGCACUUAGCCAGAUCUUUUCUUACUGUUAGUGUAUUAACCAUCAUCAAAAAUAAGACACGGGACCAAAUUUUGUUCAGGUAUUCCCAUGCAAAUCCACUGAAACCUGUUUUCAUACACUUAAGUGAAUAUGUUGGCUAUAGAAAAGAA